AUGGAGAGUCAGGACGCCUCUCAGGACCGUGGGGCCUCGGAGCGUGGAGGCCGCGGCGACCGCGGCGCGCUGCCUCCGCGUGAGGCGUGUCUGGCUUUCGUCCAGCAUCUCCUUUUCUUCAGAGUGAUGAGGUGGCAUGACGCCGAGGCGCUCCAGAGGCAGCUUCACGUGGCGUUCGCCUUGGGCGAGCCUCAGCCGCUGAACGAGUUUGUCGCCGACGUUGCGGAGGUGCUGCAUCCCACUGGACUGCGGAUUCGCAAAAUCUUCUGCGACGGCAGCGACGCAGACAACGCGUAUGUGGUUCUCCGCAGCGAGGCUGAAGAGGAGCUCCCCGAGAACGUCUCGCUCUUGCGCGUCUUCACUCGUCUCUCGAGGCGAUUCUCGCCUGCACAUGUGCAGGUUUUCGAAGCGGUGGCUACGCAUCUCCUGCGGACGCGACGGCCGAUGUCGCUUCUUAAGUGGACGCGAGUUUGCCAGACGAAGAACGCAAGUCCUGCGCCUGUGCUGCGCACUCUUCUCGACCUUCAGUUGCUGCAGAUCGAGACCGACGCCGCGCAGGUGGAGCUCUCCCAGCCCCGUCUGGUUCUAGGCCCAUGGUGUUAUGCGGACAAGCUUCGUUCCCUUGAAGCAUUCAUCUCCGAAGACGAAUGGGGCGACCUCGCCUGCACCCGCUGUCGCCUGCCGGCCGUUUUCAACGCCUUUCGCUGCGGGGCGUCGACCUGCAAGGCGCAGUUCCACAAAGAGUGUCUCUUGCGUCGCCCGCCGCAGCCCUCGCCCUUGCGUGAAGAGGCUCGCGAGACCGGCGGGGCGCUCGCCAAGACAGAGACGCCAGGCGACGGCGACAGUGACGCGGCGGAGGCGGAAUCAUGUGCAGAGAGACGGGCAGGUUGCUCCUCCCGCAGGAAAGGUGGAGAGGACUCGAGCGCGACCGCAGAGGCGCUUCCAGACGUCUGUCCGACGUGCAAGGGGCCGUGGCGCCAUGUGCGCGUCGUCGGGGAGACAGGCGAGGGGACUGACCCGCGGCCGAACGAAGCGGAGGGCGCCGAGGGCGAGUACCGAGAAGUGGACGGCUCAAAAGGAGAUGGUGGAGGCGGGGGAAGCGGCGGAGGGGCGGGCUCAGCGAAAAGUGAGGAAAGGCCAACAAGAGGCAGGAGAGGCGCACGGGAAGACGAAGACGAGGAGUUUUAA